UUAUAAUUCUCCUUUUCAUGCCGCCCAAAGCCCCUUUAUUCUCUGCGACCUACGCUCUCCUUUCUUUUUCUUUUCAUUCCUUCCAACCCCAAGAAAAAUUUCCCACUUUCUCUCCAAACAAACAACCAACCAUCUAUCUCUCUCCCCCUUUCAGAACCAUAAUUGAUAAUACCCCACCGUGAUUCUUUCUUCCCAAACAACAACCACAAAAGAACAAGCAGAGAAGAAGAAAAUAUUGAUCAUGGCAGAGUUUGACUAUCAAGAUCUUGUAAAGGCCACUGAAGGAUUCUCCCCUUCAAGACUCAUUGGUAAAGGAAGCCAUGGAUCAGUCUACAAAGGAAUAUUGCUUAAAGAAAAUAAAGUUCUUGCAAUCAAGAAAUCAACCAUUGGUAUUGAUCAUGUGUCUAACGACAACUCCAAGAAGCUCGAGAAUGAAAUUUGUAUAUUAUCAUCUCUGCAUGAUCAUCAUCAUCAAAGUCCAUAUAUCAUCAACUUUCUUGGAACGAGUCAUGAGUACAGCAGCAGAAAGCUUCUGGUUAUGGAGUUCAUGCCUAAUGGUUCUCUUCAUGAAAUGUUGCAUGCAGCCAAAACUCCACCUUCUUGGCCUAAACGUGUAGAGAUAGCUCUCCAAAUCGCUAGGGCAGUGCAAUUUCUUCAUGAAAACAAUCCUUUAGUUAUCCAUAGAGACAUCAAGUCCGCUAAUGUUUUGUUCGACGAAAAUUGGAAUGCUAAGUUGGCAGAUUAUGGACUGGCCAUGUCGCGAGUCGGUUCACUGAGUCACCAGGCGAGUCAACCAGCCGGGACCAUAGGGUACAUGGACCCUUGUUACACUACCCCAAGCAAACUAAGUACUAAAACCGAUGUGUUUAGUUAUGGGGUAGUUUUAUUAGAAAUCAUAAGCAGCAGAAAAGCCAUUGAUGUUUCUAAGUCCCCAUCUUCAAUAGUAGAAUGGGCAGUGCCACUAAGUCAAAAGCAUAGGGUACCCAUUGGAGAAAUUUGUGACCCAAGAAUUGGGUUGCCGCCAUACAUGGAGGGCACUAUAAGGAACUUGCUCAAUGUGGCUGCACGUUGUGUGUCUUCUAAGGAAGAAAAUCGCCCAUGUAUUGGUGAAGUUGCGAUGGAGAUGAAUAGUUUUUGCCUGGUUGAAAGAGUAAAAGUAGUAGUAGCUAGCCCUUGCAGCUGGACAUGCCUUGUCAGGAGUUUGAUUCUGAUGAGAAGGCAAAGAAGAUUAGCCAAGAAAUGUAAGAGAAAAUGUGAAGAUUAUAGUGAGAUUUCAAAAGGGAAGCUUUUGUUAAGGGAGAUGCUGGCUGAUAGAUAACACAGAUAAAAGUUGAUGUAGCUAGAGAUGAUCAAUAACUGAGUCGAUCAACUCGACGGGGUCAAUAAGAUAAAGCUGAAUUAACGAUUUUUUACUAAAUCGUCUCAGUGCUGGGAGAAAUCACCAUCAAACCAAUUAUAUAUAUAUAUAUAAUU